UUCAUCUCUCGUCCCAUCACUUGAAUUCAGAAAUUCACAGUCACAUUUCCAAUGUAUCCUCUCAAUUUCAAAGACAUGCCCACCUCGGCUUCGUCCUUGUUUUCGGCCUAUGCCUCAUUGGCGGCAUUCAUCAUGUUGGUCCGCUCCAUAAUGGACCAACUCUUCCCUCAUGAGUUGCGUUCAUACAUUUACUCGAUCUUCAACAAAUUCUUCUACACCCCUCGAUCUUUGGACAUGACAAUCAUUAUUGAUGAGAAGUGUGGCUACAUCAGCAAUCAAGUUUAUGAAGCAGCGGAAGUCUACCUCCGAACCAAGAUUAGUGAUUUAAAUGAGCGUCUCCGAGUGAGCAAAACACCAGGGCAGAAGACUCUCAACAUUGCGGUUGACAAAGACCAAGAAAUCAUUGAUUUCUUUGAUGGCAUUAAACUUAGGUGGUGUUUUGUGUGCGCCGAAGACAAGAAAGGUGGUUCUGGUAAUAAUGAGAAGCAUCAGUUUGAGCUGACUUUCAACAAGAAGCACAGGGCCAAGGUGAUAGACUCGUACAUGCAACAUGUGUUGGCUCGGGCCGAUGCAAUUAGACAAGAGGAAAAGGUUCUCAAGCUUGAUUCCCAGUAUUCGGGUUCAAUAGAUCUCGAGCACCCUUCAACUUUUGACACAUUGGCUAUGGACCCCGAGCUUAAGAGGACAAUUAUCGAGGAUUUGGAUAGGUUUGUGAGGAGGAAAGAGUUUUAUAGGAAGAUUGGCAAGGCUUGGAAAAGAGGGUAUUUGUUGUAUGGUCCACCCGGUACUGGCAAAUCAAGUUUGAUUGCAGCCAUGGCUAAUUAUCUCAAGUUUGAUGUAUAUGAUUUGGAGCUUACUAGUAUUUAUGACAACUCAGAAUUGAGGAGGAUAAUGCUGUCUACUUCAAAUCGUUCUAUUUUGGUCAUUGAGGAUAUUGAUUGCACCGUGGACAUACAAAACAGAGAAUCAGAGGAGGGCAAUAAUGAACAAUCUAACACCAGGUUAACACUCUCGGGACUAUUGAACUUUAUAGAUGGUCUGUGGUCGAGCUGUGGUGACGAGAGAAUUAUUGUGUUCACCACCAACAACAAGGAUAAACUAGACCCUGCAUUGUUGCGUCCUGGUCGAAUGGAUGUGCACAUUCACAUGUCGUAUUGCACCCCGAGCGGGUUCAGAGUCUUAGCCUCUAACUACCUUGGCAUUCAUGAAAGCAACCCUCAUCGCCUCUCUGGAGAAAUUGAAGGUUUAAUAGAGAGCACCGAGGUGAUCCCUGCUGAAGUUGCAGAGGAGCUAAUGAAGAGUGAUGAUGCUGAUGUUGCUCUUGAAGGACUUGUCUGUUUCCUCAAAAGAAAGAAAUCCGAGAGCAGUAAAAUCAAAGGCGAGGGGACUAACAACAUUGAGAUUGAAGAAACAGAUGAAGAUGCAAAGAAAAAACAGAGCUGAUCAGUAACCUAGUAAUCAACUUUGCAUCUUCCCGUUUUGAAUUUUUGAGUCUUAAUUAGAUAAGUUAGAUAACCAUAACCCCUUUCUGAUAUCAGAUAUAUUGCUUUGAAUCUCAUUUCCGCUA